AUGGGGUCCAAGGCACCUGAUCUGCCGAAGAGGCCACUUCCAUCACCUGAACCACACAGACAUGCUGUUCAUGAGCUAGGAUCACCUCCCAGGCAUCACUUGGCCCAACCUAAGCCUAUACCAGCUCAGUCGGCUCAGCUACACUCGUCCGCCGAUGCGUACAGGUCAUUUCAAACCCCGCCGCCUCAGCAGAUGCACAUGGUAUCUCAUGUCCCGAUGAGCAGUGGUCUUAGUGGCGGUGCUUCGCCUCAACGCCUGUCACCUAUGCCUCAGCCAACGUCCGUCUCCGUACCCAAGGUGUCACUCCCAUCUGCAUCGCCACCGGGCAUCACGUCGCCGCACCAUAUCGAAAUGCCGCCUAGGCCUACCAUGAUGCCAACACAACAAAUGGCUUCUCAGCUCAAACCACAAGUGACAUCUCCCCACGACAUUCCGCGCCUACUCCAGCCUCCUAUUGACGUUCCAACUCACCAUACGCCCGAUGUGAAGUACCCACAAGCAUACACAUCACCCAACUCCGCGGGUUUGUCGCCCAACAUUCAUGCUUUUUCCGGGAGCGCAGCUGUAGCUAGUGUCCCCUUGACAGAGGCGACACCCUCGAUAUCCUCAGCGCACUCGGCAGAGAGAGGUGAUCCUGCUGCCAGCAGUGAAGAAGAGGAUGACAUGACGAAUGAAUUGGGAGAUCUGCAUUUGACAUCGCACGACCUACCUGAUAUGUCUUACGUGAAUCGCGUGCCACCUGCGUUGGAUCCACCGCGAAGCGUGCCGUUUAGCACACCCAUUACCACAGGCGCUCUAUUUGGCGAAAAACUCGUCGUUGCGUCGCAGGAUAAAAUUCGUGUACUUGUCGUACGUCGGGGAGCACAAUUCCACACAGAUACACCUGAACAGAGCUCGGAAGUUAUCGUGCCUCAGACGGCUGAACACUAUGCAUGGCUGGAUAGUCCCUCGAACCUGUCACCUACCUCGCGUGACUUGCGUGCUACCACGCUGGCUUUCUGUCCGUCUGUUCAAGUCGGCAAUGAACUGGUACCUGAGGGACGCAUAGUAUGGUACGGCACUCCUACAGGGCACAUCGGUGAGCUUGACACGCUGACAGGCAAGAUUACUGCGCUGCGUAUCAAUGUACACAAGUCACCUAUCUGUCAUGUUGCCCGCAUUGGCAAGGCGAUGGUGUGUAUUGAUGAAAGUGGCAAAAUAUCUACGUGGGUACCCCGGCUGUCUCCGCUACAUUUACCGUCCACAACGCCGGAAACGAUUCGCAUCACCAUACCGAAGAACACGUAUUGCUCUGUCGAGGGCAGCCUACUUUGGCUGUGCACCCCUACCUUGGUCACAAAGUCGGCGCCGAAGCAUACACAAAAAGUCCUAUCUGUGCGAUGCUUCAGUCCUGUGUCAGACACACGCCCAUUCAAUGUCAUGUCGCAGGCCGGCCAGUGGCCCAUGUCUGGGCCUGACGGAGGGGGCGCUGUAACCUGCUCCGCUUCUCUGCCAACGACACCUGGUCUUGUUUAUUUUGGACACGAGUCGGGACACAUCAGUGUUUGGAAUGAACAGGGCGAAUGCCUUGAACACAUUUUGGUAUCAUCAUCCCCCAUCAUGUCGAUGACUGGUGUAUUAAACGCCAUUUGGUCUGGCACACGCGAUGGACGCAUGAUUGUGCAUUUGGCCAACUCGCAACACUUGCGAAUGGUUAAAUUAUGGCAAGCGCAUCGCGAUAACAUUUUUUCCUUGCUCUUUGACGGUUACAGCAUCAAUACUCAGGCGCCCGAAAUCAUGGCGUGUAGUCUGAGUACAGACAAUUAUGCUACCUUCUGGGAUGCUACACUAUCAAAGGACUGGAUCAAUGCCGAAGUAAGCAGCAAGGCUGAUCUUUACUCAACAUCCUCGUCGCUUCGUGCUCUUGUGAUGUCAUUUAACCUCGACGCAGCAGCCCCAGCUGACUUAUUUGGUAUGGUCGACAAUAUGGAUUUAUUCCAGCGUAUUUUACGCUCAUCUUGCUCUACGACACAAAAUCCUGACGGAUCCAGCUUUCAGGUACCUCCUGAUGUAAUUGUGUUCUCGUUUCAGGAGCUUGUGGAUCUCGAAGACAAGCGCCAGACUGCGAAACGAUUCCUCCUCGGUGGGAGCAAACAGCGACGAGGUACAGGAAAGGAAUCAGCGGAAGAGCGCGAGCGGCUUCCGAGUCGAUAUCGCGCAUGGCUCGAUAAACUUGUGGCUUACGUGCGCCUUGUCAUGCCGCCUGAAUCACCUUUCAGUGUUUUGCUGACAGAGAACCUGGUGGGCCUAUUUACAUGCAUUUUUGUUCGAUCAGACUUGCUUCCGCGUAUCCGACUUCCAGGAAGUUAUGCCGUUAAGACCGGUCUGGGCGGUCGAUACGGUAAUAAGGGCGCGUUACUCACGCGUUUUGUACUGGAUGACACAAGCUUGUGCUUCAUCAAUUGUCAUCUGGCUGCUGGCCAGCGCAAUGUGAGGCGGCGCAAUUUGGAUGUCGCUGAUAUUUUACAGUCAUCCAAUCAAACGCUGACGUCCAACGAUCUUGCGUUUGCGCUGGGCAGCGAUGGAUCCAUGGCCAUGGAUCACGAAAUUUGUCUGCUUGCUGGUGACUUGAAUUACCGCCUUGAUCUUAGUCGUGAUACGGCUAUGACUCUGAUCGAGCAGAAUCGCUUUAGUGAUCUAUUUGCGGCGGAUCAAUUGCAACUUGAAAUUCGAUCCAAUCCGCAGUUUGGUUUGCGCCACUUUCUUGAAGCACCCAUCUGCUUCGCCCCCACAUACAAGUUCAAUCGGCUCACAAAUGACUAUGACUCGUCUGACAAGGCCCGUGUUCCCGCGUACUGCGAUCGAAUUCUGUAUCGCUCUCGUACGGGCAAUAUGGUACAGUGCACGUCCUACAAACGCUGGGACGCUACGGUGUCAGACCAUCGCCCCGUUUCUGCUACAUUUAGCAUGCGUGUCAAGUCUAUUGACCGGAAUGCCUGGAAGCUUGUGGCAGACCGCUCGGUAGCAGAGUUUCUGCAUUAUCGUGCUCAGCUCUUGCGCACAACCUCUGAGUAUUUCCAUUGUAUAUAA